AAGCUCUUAUUAGAGUUGUCCGGUUCUGCAAUCGGAUCCCUUCUUCCCCAUCUUCCAAAUCGGUAUGAUCAAAGAUCAGAUUUUGUAAUCUCAUAACUGUUCUGUUUUAAUUCAUAUAAAGUUUCAUGAUUUGAUAAAUGGAUGCAGAAGCUUUUUUGGCUUUGAAUUGGAUUUUGGGUUUCAAAGCCAACUCCUUUAAUCUUCUUAUCAUCCCUUUGGAGAAAUCAGAUAUGCAGGACCAGCUGGUGUGUCAUGGCUGUAGAAAUACAUUGAUGUAUCCUAGAGGAGCUACCAAUGUUCGUUGCGCGUUAUGUCACAUUGUCAACAUGGUCCCCCUUCAUCCCCCUCCUCCUCCUCAUCAUCAUGCUCAUGCAGGGAUGGACAUGGCUCACAUUGUAUGUGGUGGUUGUCGAACUAUGCUUAUGUAUACUCGUGGGGCUAGUAGUGUAAGAUGCUCUUGCUGUCAGACUGUCAACCUUGUCCCAGGACCCCCACCGUCCAAUCAGGUUGCACAUAUCAAUUGUGGGAACUGUAGGACGACACUCAUGUACCCUUACGGUGCAUCAUCUGUUAAAUGCGCUCUUUGCCAAUUUGUUACUAACGUUAACAUGAGCAAUGGAAGGAUGCCUCUCGCAACUAACCGACCAAAUGGAACAGCUUCUCCCGGGACAAUGCCCUCUACAUCCACUCAAUCAACACCACCAUCUCAGACACAAACUGUCGUCGUAGAGAACCCAAUGUCCGUUAAUGAAAGUGGAAAGUUGGUGAGCAACGUUGUGGUUGGAGUGACAACAGGACAAAAAUAACUUUGAAGAAUGAUUGAUCUGAAAGAAUCGAUUUCGUCUAUCCCUGCGUCUGGUUUGUGCAUAUUACAUACUGUUGAUGAACAACUGUUUUUUGUUAAAAAAAAUUGAUGAUCACAAAGGUUUUUGGUUCAGUAAUCUGGCAUUUCUGUUUGUUGACUCCAUUGACCAUUUGUGGCAUUGUUAAUGUAUGUAUUAAUAUAAUCUGAUACACCAACCAAACAUUAAGAUUUGAGUCUUGAAAUCUGUUUUCU